AUGGCUAUUACCGAUAUGCUCAAUCGCCGAGUGCGAGCUCGGCCAGAAGAGGAAGAAGACUUCUCCGAGGCAUCAGGCUCGGACAAUGCCUCACAAGAUGGCUCCGAUGCCGAAUCCAACGGCUCCAUCCAAUCACAGUCUGAUGACUCCGAUGCUGAAAGCGCAGGCGCAGGUUCCGAGUCAGAAGCCAGCAACUCAGACAUCGAAGAAGAACCCGAACCCGAAUCCGACAACGGCGACGACUUCAAAGCCUCUCUAGCGGAGAUUUCCUUCGGCGCCCUCGCAAAAGCACAAGCCUCGAUGCGCGAAAAGAAGCGCAAAGAUAGACAUGCUGCGAAAGAAGAGAACAACACAGCAUCAUCCACAGUAGACGAGAUCCGUACGAAGCUGCGCGAAGCUCGCGAGCAAAAGCUCGCGGCGGCCGAAAAGGCCAAACGCAAGGAAGAGAAGAGCCGAACUUCGAAGCAUGCGCCGAUGGUACAAUCGUCCAAACGGGCCGUGACGCGCAAGCGCAUCGCAGUGGAACUUCCACCCGCGCCCAAGUCUCGGGAUCCGCGCUUUGAUGCGGCGGUUAUGGGUCACAGUGGAGUGGGCAAGCACCCGCAUGGUGGAACUGCGUAUGCUUUCCUGGAUGAGUACCGGGCGUCUGAGUUGAAGGAUCUCAAGGAGCAGAUGGCGAAGACGAAGAAUCCCCAGCAGAAGGAGAAGCUGAAGGGGGAGAUUCGGCGGGCGCAGGAUAAGCUGCGCUCUGCACAGAAUAAGAAGCGCGAGGCGGAUGUGCAGGCUGAGCACAAGAAGCGCGAGAAGCAGUUGAUUCGUGAGGGCAAGAAGGCCAAUCCAUACUACCUGAAGAACUCGGAGCUGAAGAAGCAGGUUCUUGAGCGGAAGUUCAGUGAGAUGGGAUCCCGGGAACGUGGAAAGGCGCUUGAGAGAAGACGGAAGAAGAUGACUUCUAAAGAGCGAAAGGAGAUGCCUUGGGAGAGGAGAGGUGUGGAGGGUGGUGGUGGUGAUGAUGGGGGCAUGCCCAAUGGAGGGAAGAGGCGGAGGUUGGAGUAG